GAUGUGUGGUGGAACAAUAGAAAUUUUACCUUGCUCAAAAGUUGGCCAUGUCUUUCGUGAUAGAAUGCCUUACAAAACUGCCAUGCACUCAACGGACAAGAAUAUAAAGCGUUUUGUAGAGGUCUGGCUAGACGAAUUUAAGCCAUUUGUAUAUACCAUGAAGCAUCCUUCAUUUGCGAAACUGGAUGCUGGCGAUUUAUCAGAAAGACAAAAAUUGAGAAAAAGAUUACAAUGCAAGACUUUCUCUUGGUAUCUUGAAAUGCUCAUGCCAGAAAUGCAAAUUCCUGAUCUGAAUCCAUUGGGAAGAGGAGAGGUGAUAAACGCCUACAGCGGAAUGUGCAUUGACACAUUCGGAAACAAAAAUGCUGGACAUCAACUUGGCAUGUAUCCAUGUCAUGGACUGGGAGGCAAUCAGUUCUUUAUUUACACAAAAGAAAUGGAAAUUUGGAAAAACGGUCAUUGCAUGGGUGUUUCAGCGGUUGGAAGGGGAGUUGACGUUAAAAUGCAGCAUUGUAAAACAAUUCAUGGACACAUAAAGUGGGAGCAUACCAGGGAUGAGUUUAUUAGAUUAUCUGGUCACAACCUUUGCUUGCAACAGUUUGGAAAGAAGCUGAUUUUAGAACUAUGUACGAAGAAUAUUCAACAAAGUUGGAGAUUUUACUCCUAUCCAUACUUUGAAAACACACAAAGUCAACAUUGAUCAUGACAAGUACACCUGAUGUAACUAUGUUUACAUCAUAACAGAUUAAGAAAGUUGCAUAGAACGUUGCAGCUGAGAAAAUCUUAAUGCAGGAACUAAAGCUAGUCUAGAUUGUUUUCGUAGAAAAUGUACGUUGAUAAAACUUCGUGCCAAUGAAUUCUUUUAAUUGAAUUUUGAUGGAAGUAAUAGACGGCAAUAUAAACUUAUACUGAAAGAUGUAUUA